AUGAAUUAUAAAGAUUUCUUAGAGAUUAGUGCAUAAUUUAGUUUGGGAGGUUUGAUAACUGAAUAAGCUCAUCCCCACACUGUUGGUUUAUCUGAAUUUGCCAAAAAUGAUUUAAAAACUGGAAUAUAGAGAAUGAAAGACUUGGAUAUGCAUGUUUUCGAUGUACUGAUGAAUAAAUUGGAUUAAUUGGCACAUAUGAAUCAGAUGGUCUUGGAUACUUGGUCGAAAGGUAAUAGAGUGUUCAUUUGUGGAUGUGGAUCCACUGGAAGACUAGCAUUGACAUUGGAAACUUUGUAUCGAUAAAUUACAAAGCAAGAUAAUAUAAUAUCUUUUAUGGCAGGAGGAGACGUGGCUAUUAUAGCAUCAGUUGAGGAUUUUGAAGAUCAUCCUGAAUUUGGAGCUUAGUAAUUGAAUGAAUUGGGCUUUAAGGAGGGAGAUUUAUUAAUAUCAUCAACUGAAGGAGGAGAAACUCCUUGGGUUAUUGGAGCUGUUUAAGAAGCAAGUAAAAUAGGCAAACCAUUUUUCUUAUAUUGCAAUCCAGAUGAAGUAUUGACAGUCUAACGAAGUUAAGAUGUAUUUAACAAUCCAAAUAUUAAUAAAAUUAAUCUCUCUGUUAGCCACUAAGCUAUCACUGGAAGUACAAGAAUGUAAUGUUCUACUGUUUUGACUUAUGCAAUAGGAUUAGCCAUUCUAUGCAAAGAAAACUUUAUUGAUUAUGCUACAAAUUCUAUCAAAAAUGUAAGACAAUAUUAUGAAUCUAUCGAUGCUCAUUAAUUUAUUGCAAAGUUCAUUGAAUUAGAGGCCGAUUGUUAUUUGAGGAAAGAAUAUGUAUUCUAUAGAUCUAAACCUAACAUUGCCAUUAACAUUUUAACUGAUACUACUGAAAGGUAUAGAUCUAUAAAUUAUAAUUUAAGAUGUCCAACAUUUAGUUUACAUCCUUUUGAAAGUAUAUUAGAUAAUCCAAUCAAUCCAAGCUGGUCAUAUUUUGUUAUGGAUGAUACAGAAUAAAAAUACAAUGAUUCGCUCUAAGCUUGGGAAUCAUUACUUUAUGGUCGAUAACCAAGGGCUCUAUCAUCAAACUAUUGGCAUAAAUAUUAACACAAGGUUGGAUUGGAGAAAUGUAUAAUUUAUCAUUUAAUUUAAGUGCUCUCUCAUGAUAUAAGUUAAGACCAAGUAGAGAGGAGAACCAAAUAUGCUGGAGGGAAUCAUUAUUAAUUUAGGAUUGCUUAUGAUCAAGAUAAUUUAGAAAUGUCUUGGGAAUUUGUGUCACCCUAAUUAGAGAGAAUACAUUUCGAAAAGAUCAAAGCUAUUAAUGAUGUUUUAGGAUAAAAUAUUGUUCUUAAAUGCCUUAUUAAUAUCCAUUCGACUUUAUUAAUGGGUAGAAUAGGAAGAUAUCAAAGUAAUAUCAUGAUUUACGUUCGACCGACUAAUAACAAAUUGAUUGAUAGAGCAAUUAGAUAUGUUCUAUAUUUAUUGAACUAGAAUAAUGUUGUUAAUGAGAACAUUACAUAUGCAUUAGUUUGUGAAAAUCUAUUUGAAGAAAUCAAGACUUUAGUAUAUGGGGAAUCAAUCGUUUUAAAGACAUUUGAAAGAGUGAAGAAAUAAUUUUCAUUAUGAAAUUUAAAUAUAUUUGCCGC